CCUCGUUCCUCUGGAACGUUUUGCUCGCGGCGCUAUCUCUCUAUAAAGUUGUUGUUGCGGCUUCCGCCGCGGGUGGAGGAAGAUGGCGUCGGGUGGUGGUGGCUGUAGCGCUUCGGAGAGAUUCCCUCCACCUUUUCCUGGCUUGGAGCCGGAGUCCGAGGGGGCGGCCGGGGGGUCAGAACCCGAGGCUGGGGACAGCGACACCGAGGGGGAGGAUAUUUUCACCGGCGCUGCUGCGGUCAAUAAGCCCCAGUCUCCAAAGAGAGUUGCUUCCUUUCCCAUCAACAAUGGCUCCAAAGAAAAUGGGAUCCAUGAGGAACAAGACCAAGAACCACAGGAUCUCUUUGCAGAUGCCACAGUGGAGCUCUCCCUGGACAGUACACAAAAUAAUCAGAAGAAGGUGCCAGCCAAAAUGCUGAUUUCUCUUCCUCCACAGGAAGCCACAAAUUCUUCUAAGCCCCAGACAAGCUAUGAGGAGCUAGAGGAAGAAGAACAGGAAGACCAAUUUGAUUUGACAGUUGGUAUAACUGAUCCUGAGAAGAUAGGGGAUGGUAUGAAUGCCUAUGUAGCCUACAAAGUUACAACACAGACGAGCCUACCAAUGUUCAGGAGUAAACAGUUUGCAGUGAAAAGAAGAUUUAGUGACUUUCUGGGUCUUUACGAGAAGCUUUCGGAGAAACAUUCUCAGAAUGGCUUUAUUGUCCCUCCUCCACCCGAGAAAAGCCUAAUAGGAAUGACAAAAGUAAAAGUUGGGAAGGAAGAUUCCUCUUCUGCAGAAUUUCUUGAAAAACGGAGGGCCGCUCUAGAAAGGUACCUUCAGAGGAUUGUGAAUCAUCCUACCAUGUUACAGGAUCCUGAUGUCAGGGAGUUCUUAGAAAAAGAAGAGCUGCCACGCGCCGUGGGUACCCAGACAUUGAGUGGCGCUGGUCUCCUCAAGAUGUUCAACAAAGCCACGGACGCAGUCAGCAAAAUGACCAUCAAGAUGAAUGAAUCAGACAUUUGGUUUGAGGAGAAGCUCCAGGAAGUAGAGUGUGAAGAGCAGCGCUUACGGAAGCUGCAUGCUGUUGUAGAAACUCUGGUGAACCAUAGAAAAGAGCUCGCACUGAACACAGCCCAGUUUGCAAAGAGUCUAGCCAUGCUUGGGAGCUCUGAGGACAACACAGCACUGUCACGGGCACUCUCCCAGCUGGCUGAGGUGGAAGAAAAAAUUGAGCAGCUUCACCAGGAACAGGCCAACAAUGACUUCUUCCUUCUUGCUGAGCUCCUGAGUGACUACAUUCGUCUCCUGGCCAUAGUCCGUGCUGCCUUCGACCAGCGUAUGAAGACGUGGCAGCGCUGGCAGGAUGCUCAGGCGACGCUGCAGAAGAAGCGGGAGGCUGAGGCUCGGCUGCUUUGGGCCAACAAGCCUGACAAAUUGCAGCAGGCCAAGGACGAGAUCUUAGAGUGGGAGUCUCGGGUGACUCAGUAUGAAAGGGACUUUGAAAGGAUUUCAACUGUGGUCCGAAAAGAAGUGAUACGGUUUGAGAAAGAAAAAUCCAAGGACUUUAAAAACCACGUGAUCAAGUACCUUGAGACACUCCUGUAUUCACAGCAGCAGGCUGGGGAGCAGUUGGGAAACAGGUCCAGAAUACUCCGAACAAAGAAGUUGCCCAGGUAUAGUAAGUUUCUCUCCACAGGAGUUUAAGCUUUUGCUGCUACUUCCCUAUGGGACUAGAAUUUCUUUUUUUCUAUGUACCUCUGCUACGUACUCUGAGGGUCUCUUAACCUGUUUAAUUCUUAUUCCUACUUUUUUAGGGAAGGAGUUGUAAAGACAUCUCUUAUAGUAAGAGGGACAAUGGAUUCUCCUGCGAAGGAGGCAGACUUUCUUUUAUUCCUACCCUGUUUCCCUUAGCUGCCCAGGGUUCUCUCAGUCUUGCCCUCUGAUAGCAGACUUCUGUUCUGAACUUCUUUCUGCCAAGUCCCCAGUAGACCGAUUCCUGCUAAAAGUGUAAAGAGCUGAUAAGGACUUAACACUUUAUCUCCGUUGAGAACAGAGCCAGCACUUUGCCUCUAGAUCAGGUCAUCCAAGAGUUCCUAAACUUUUUGAGGUUCCAAGAAGUUUUACUCUCUGUGCCCAGGAGGUAGCAUGCCAACAACAGGGCCCGAGUGUUGUCAGCUUAGGCCAAGGGCGUUCAAAGGGGUCUCUGUCCUGGCCUGGCCAGGGAGACUGGAGUCUCACAUGCGCUGUUGCUGGGCUUCCCCUCAGCUGUGUCCACAGCUGCUUAAGCUGGCUGAUCAGAGUGGUCUGUGAAGCUGCUCUGUGGGGCAGGGUUGGCAGAUUGCCUGCCAUGGAACCUCGCCACUCCUGUCCGCCACCCCCCAGCCCCAGAGACGCCCCUUUCUGUGGGCAUUCCAGGCCUGCUCUGUUAGUUCUCUUGGGUGGGUGGUUAAGGUUUGGGGAGGGACAGCCUGAGGCAAGAGAAUGCAGUAAACAGCACUGAUUUCCAGUGCACCAGCCUGGUGGGGGCAGGGAUCCAGGGUGGGGGUGCAGUGCUGGCAAGUAUUUUUUUCAACAGUUGGGUGUUUUGUUUUGUUUUGUUUUAGAAAAAGUCACUCAGUCUCUCCCUAUCCCCCAAUAUCUUUAUUAACACUCUUGAUUUUUUUCCUUCCAGUCUUGCGUUUGCUUUUGCACAGUUGUAAUAAUACCCACGUGAAAUAUUUUGUAUCCUUUUAUCAU